AUUUCGGCUCCUUCAUCGGAGAAUAUGAGCAACGUUACCGGCGAUCGCACUGACGAAGGCCUUUCCACCGCCGUGGCUGUCUCCGGCUCUGCGACGGUCCAGAGUUCCCCUCCCACUGAUCGUCCUGUCCGCGUCUACGCCGAUGGGAUCUACGAUCUCUUCCACUUUGGUCACGCUCGAUCUCUCGAACAAGCCAAGAAAUCGUUUCCAAACACUUACCUUCUUGUUGGAUGUUGCAAUGAUGAAACUACCCAUAAGUACAAGGGAAGGACUGUAAUGACUGCAGAAGAGCGAUAUGAAUCACUUCGACAUUGCAAGUGGGUGGAUGAAGUCAUUCCUGAUGCACCAUGGGUGGUCAACCAAGAGUUUCUUGACAAGCACCAUAUUGACUAUGUAGCCCACGAUUCUCUUCCCUAUGCUGAUUCGAGCGGAGCUGGAAAGGAUGUCUAUGAAUUUGUUAAGAAAGUUGGGAGGUUUAAGGAGACAAUGCGAACUGAAGGAAUAUCGACCUCGGAUAUAAUAAUGAGAAUAGUGAAAGAUUACAACCAGUAUGUCAUGCGUAACUUGGAUAGAGGAUACUCGAGGGAAGAUCUCGGAGUUAGCUUUGUCAAGGAAAAGAGACUUAGAGUUAAUAUGAGGCUAAAGAAACUCCAGGAGAGGGUCAAAGAACAACAAGAAAGAGUGGGAGAAAAGAUCCAAACUGUAAAAAUGCUGCGCAACGAGUGGGUAGAGAAUGCAGAUCGGUGGGUAGCUGGAUUUCUUGAAAUAUUUGAAGAAGGUUGCCAUAAGAUGGGAACUGCAAUCGUAGACAGUAUCCAAGAAAGGUUAAUGAGGCAAAAGUCCGGAGAAAGGCUGGAGAACGGGCAGGAUGAUGACACAGACGACCAGUUCUAUGAAGAAUACUUCGACCAUGACAUGGGUAGUGACGAGGAUGAAGAUGAAAAAUUCUACGACGAGGAAGAAAUAAAGGAAGAAGAGAAAGAGCAAAUCGCUAUGAUGGAUGCUAAAGACAACAAGUGAGAACAAAUUUGGCUUGCAGAAACCGCAGGUUAGCUUUACUUAUGGCCACUUCUACUAAACUCCCAUAGCCUCUCACUCUCUCUCGACCAGUAAAAUGCACUUAACAUA